AUGGCUAUAAAUGAUUCCAGAAAUCUAGGAAAGUCAGGAUUGAGAGUAUCUAAUUUAGGAUUUGGAACAUGGGUAACGUUUGGUGGUCAGAUUACGGAUGAGGUGGCAGAAGAAUUGUUGACAUUGGCGUAUGAUAAUGGUAUAAAUUUCUUUGAUACUGCCGAAGUUUACUCAGCUGGCAAACAUUCAGACUGUACUAAGAAAUCAAAGUUUAAUGAUUUAGCAGAAGUGACCCUGGGUAAAAUAUUAAAGAAGAAAAAUUGGAGGAGGUCUAGUUAUAUCAUAUCUACCAAGUUAUUCUGGGGCGGCAAAGCAGAAACAGAGAAAGGUUUAUCUAGAAAACAUAUUGUAGAAGGUAUACGAGGGUCUCUAGAUAGGCUACAGUUAGAAUAUGUUGAUGUUGUAUUUGCAAAUAAAACUGAUGCGCACACUCCUAUGGAAGAGAUUGUACGUGCCUUUACUCAUAUUAUAAAUCAGGGCUGGGCUCUUUACUGGGGAACAUCACGCUGGAGUCCAAUGGAAAUUAUGGAAGCAUAUUCCGUUGCCCGACAGUUUAAUUUGAUUCCACCUAUAGCAGAACAAGCUGAGUAUCAUUUAUUCCAAAGAGAAAAGGUUGAAGUUCAAAUGCCUGAAUUAUUCCAAAAAAUAGGUAUUGGAACUAUAACCUGGUCACCACUAGCUUGUGGUAUUUUAUCAGGCAAAUAUGAAGAUGGUGUUCCAAUUUAUUCCAGAGCAGCUUGCAAGGGUUAUUGUUGGUUGAAGGAUAAGAUAUUAUGUGAAGAGGGACGAAGACAGCAGGCUAAGUUACGAGAAGUGGCGUUAAUAGCUGAUAAGAUAGGCUGUUCUAUAGCACAGUUAGCGAUAGCCUGGUGUUUAAGAAGUGAAAAUGUACAUUGUGUAUUGAUAGGAGCUUCCACUGUUGAACAACUUUAUGAAAAUAUACAAGCUCUUCAGACAAAUGUAAAUCCAAGUGAUAAAGGUAGCUAA